CCAAGCCCAGAUCGCAGCAUCUGAGCAUCCGAGUCAUCGCACGCACCUCUCACCAUGAUCAACUCUCUCCUCCUCGCGGGCCUCGUCUCCCUGGCGUCGGCCCGGCGGGCCUGCGACUUCAACAUCACCGCCGACCAGGCCAGCGCGCACGCCUGCGGCGCCGAGUGCCAGGCGACGUACGAGAAGACGACGCAAGGCCACGACCUCGAAUUCUUCGGCUCCGACUUUGACUUUGGGUUUUACGAGACGGCGGCCAACUUCUCCGGGGCGCAGGCCGGCGGCGAGCUGCUCAAGCUCGCGCCCGUCAACGCGUCUUCCCUGGACGUCAAGCCCGGUACGACGGUGUACAGGAUCCAGUACUCGUCGGUCGACUAUGACGGGUCGCUGGUGCCCGUGACAGGGUACGUGGCGUUUCCUUAUGCGGCGCCCGUGCAGCAGCAGCUCACGAGGAACGGCGGCACCGCCGGUGGUGAUGGUGGUGGCAUGAACAUGAACCCCCCUGGCAGCAACAACACCAACAGCAACAACAACAACAACAGCACGGCGGCAGGUCGCUUCCGGCUCGCGGCGUGGGCGCACGGCACCAGCGGCAUCUACGCCGGCUGCGCGCCGUCCAACAGCCCGACGCUCUACGACCCGACGGCCUGGCAGGCGCUCCUGGACCAGGGCUACGCCGUCGUGGGCACCGACUACGCGGGCAUCGGCAACAACUACACGACGCACAAGUUCCUCAGCUUCGACGUGCAGGCCACCGACGUGUACUACUCGACCGUCGCCGCGCGCAAGGCCUUCCCGGGGCUGCUCUCCGAGGAGUGGUUCGGCGUCGGGCACUCGCAAGGCGGCGGCGUCGUGUGGAAGCUCGCCGAGGGCGACUACGUGAAGAGCAGCCGCCACGGUGCCGACAACAGGGGAAGCAGCAGCAGCAGCGGGUACGUCGGGACCGUGGCCAUCGCGCCGGCGACGUACGUCGUCGACAUGCUGCUCGGCGGGUACGACAGCCUCCCCUACGCGGACUUCGUGCCGCUGCUGCCGGAGCUGGUGCGACGCGUCACGCCGUCGUACAACGGCAGCACCAUCCUGACGGACCAGAUGGAGAGCCGCAUGGCGCUCGCCGAGGAGGCGCAGAUGUGCGUCGGCGGCACGCUCGGCAUGGUCGCGGACCUGAGCAAGGGGCAGAUCCUGUCGCGCGAGAGGCUGGCGAGGGACUGGCCCGUGUACCUCGCGUGGCAGGCCCGGACGGCCCCCGCGCUGGCCGGUGCCCGGACGUCGGCACCCAUGCUCGUCGUGCAGGGCGCAAACGACACGACGGUGCUGCCGGCGACGACGGCCGAGGCGGUGGAGCGGGCGUGCGAGGCGGGCAACGAGGUGCACCUGAGCGUGUAUCCGGGGAUGGGGCACUCGCCCGUCGUGGCGGCCUCGCUGUCCGAGUGGGUGCCGUGGAUCAACGCGCGCUUCGACGAGGCUCAGGGGGUGAAGGGGAGGGAGAAGGCGGAGAGGGAUGGGAACGGCAAGUGCACCAAGAGGGUGAGAGAGCCGUUUGACCUCGACAACAUGGUUGUGAAGACGCCGGGCGAGCUAUAGAUUUAUGUACGUGGGUGCUACACGGUCCUAAGUCUCAACGUUGAAGAAAGCAGGCAGAAUACAUAUGGUGCCCGCCGCAAGACCGCCUGUAACUUAAGUACAAACAUAUGGUUGAUCCAUU